AUGCCAACUCUAUCAAUACGCGAAGACUAUGAAGAUGAUAGCUGGAAAUCAAAUAUUGUCAUAUGCGUUUCAAUCUGUGGCAUCGCAUCAAUCGUCUUCUUAUUGCUGCGCUAUUUAUCACAGAGACUAGUAUCUAGUCGUGGCCCAACUUGGAGCGAUUGGUUGCUCCUGAUAGGUUGGGUCUUUUUCGCUGGCUUCGAUGUUUCGUUUGCCUUGACGAUCCAUUAUGCAGACGAUCCUCACAGGUCUUAUCACACAACAGAGCAUAUACUGCAAAUUCUCGACAUGGUCUCUCAGAGUGCUUACAGCUUUUCUAUGAUGUUUAUAAAGUGCAGUAUUCUUAGCUUCUAUGGGAGCAUUUUUUCAUCAAAGCGGUUCCGCUAUUGCCUCUGGUUUGUCUCCGCUGUUGUCAUCAUAUGGGCCCUCUCAUUUGGGUCCAUUUCUUUGCUCCAGUCUAUGCCAAAAACUGCACGUUUGGAUGAAACUGUUCCCAAAGGAACUUCCAUUGAUUAUGGCACGGCCUUCGUUGUGGGUGCCCCUAUCAACAUCAUUACAGACUUCAUCAUCCUAUCCAUGCCUAUUCCAUUGGUAUGGCGGCUGCAUGUCACAAAGAAAAAGAAGCUGCUGCUCUGUUUUACGUUUGCGAUGGGGGGCAGUGCAUGUUUGAUCAGCAUCAUACGGCUAGCAGUCUCUCUACAAGAUCAUGGCGCAAUUGCUGGCGAAUGGUACCAGGCGCCGUCCUGUAUUUUAUCUGUUAUUGAACUCACAAUGGGUAUUCUCGCAGCCUCAAUUCCAACAUAUCGGCCACUUUACAGGCGGUUAACUUCAAAGCAUGGCUUAGCGAAAACCGUCGACCAGGACGUUGAACCUAACGACUAUAAGAAUAACAGGCUCGUUGACAAGAAUCAUCAAUUCGGUAAUGAUGACCACCCGACUGCGGCGGCUAGGUGGGAGUUUCUGAUGGGGAAGAUUUAA